GAGAAAACAGGAAGAAGACCACCGCGGCGUCCCUCCUUUGCCGCCUCUUUGAUCAGAGCUCAUUUGCAAUGUUUUUGUAAACAAUAGUGUAAAUCAAAAAUUUUUUCUGGUCGGUGAACAAAUUUCUGUAAUUUGCAAGCGUUGUCUUGACGCAAGUACUUUCGUGGUCACUUAGCGUUAAUUUUAUUUUCGUCGUGCACCUAUCAUUGGCUCAAAAAAAUUGUUUUUCCUUGGAUGAAGCGAAUCCUUACAUUCGGAAUACGCGGCUUUGCCGCUGUUUAUGCGCAUUAGCAGGAUUGUUUGCUGCUGGCAACUGCAGAUUCUGCACUUUGACUUGGAACUCGUUCCAGCUGGAUGGGAAAUCUCGACCUGAUUAUUUAUUUCCAUCUAAAUAUCGAUAAUCGGAUCAAGCUAAGCUUUGAUUGAGAAAGCUUCCUUCACAAUGGAUUUUCUAGCGGAUAAUAAUUUGUGCGGACAGACUGUUCUCCGAUUGGUGUCGCGAGGAAACGCCACCAUCGCCGAACUACUUCGGUUGUCGGAAUAUAUUCCGCCGAUUUACCGACUGGACUCCCGCCAGGAACAGCUGCAAUAUGGAGAAAUUCUCCUGGAUUUUAGUUAUUUCAAAUCCGUUGAAAUGCAUGAGAGGCGGAUCGAAAACACGACGGGUAUGCAAGAAACGGAUUUGGAACUGCGGGAUAAUUAUUUGGAUAUUUUGCGGCGUUUCUAUGUGGCUUUCGAAAGCGUUCAUCGAUACGCAACAGAACUCAACAGAUUUGUUGAGGAUUUGGAAGAUGGCAUUUUUAUUCAACAAAGCAUGGAAACUGUUUUCAUGAAUUCCGAUGGUAAACAACUUAUGUGCGAAGCUUUGUACCUUUACGGCGUCAUGUUGCUGAUUAUGGAUGUUAAAUAUGAGGGAACUGUGCGAGAACGACUGCUGGUGGCUUAUUAUCGAUAUUGUGCGGAUACUUCUCGGGAAACAAACAUCGACGAAGUGUGCACUUUAUUGCGGAGCACCGGCUAUUCAUCCGCUCCCACCGCCAAGCGUCCGCCCAAUUAUCCCGAAGACUAUUUCCGGCGAAUAAAAUUCAAGCCGCAGUAUAUUAGCAUGGUCGUGGGUCGAUUACGCUCGGACGAUAUUUAUCAUCGGUCGUUAGCGUUUCCGCUUCCCGAACAUCGCAGCACCGCUCUCAGUACUCAAGCGGCAAUGUUGUAUGUUGUUCUUUACUUUGAACCGGAUACACUGCACAAUCAGCCGGCCAAGAUGCGUGAAAUUGUGGAUAAACACUUCGCUGACAACUGGGUAAUUGGCACAUACAUGGGAAUGCUGGUCAAUCUUUUGGACGCAUGGGAGCCUUACAAGGCUGCUCGAGGUGCAUUAGCGAACACUAUUGAUGCGGCUGUGGUGCGAAAUAUGGCCGCUAGAAAAGGAGAAAAACUGCAGAAAAUCAACCAGAUUUUGCAGCAGUUGCUGAAAGAGGGAUCCUUAACGGAGGAAAACGCCAUCAAUAAUGUCAGCAAGCUGCUGAAUUUAGUCCGAGACUGCAACGUCACCGUCCGAUGGUUAAUGCUCCACACUGCACCAUUAACUCCGGCACUAGAAAUCAACAAGAAAUGCAAAGCAAUGCGCGAUUUAGUCCUUGUUGAAAUGAAAUGCCGGCCCGUAGACAUCUUUGAACUGUUGCUGAAUACGGCGCAGUUUGAAUUGAAAUUGAAGGAGUUAUACAAGCUCAUUUUGGCUGCCAAAGAGAGUAAGUGGACACUGUACAAAAGCGAAGCCAAGGAACGGCUGACGGAUUUGUCAGACGCUUUCACCGGCGGCAAACCGUUAACUCGGAUUGAGAAAAAUGAAAAGCUGCAGAACUGGUUUGCGGAAAUGGCUCGACAAGUUGACAACCUAAGUUUCAGCGAGCUGGGCCUGGCUGGCCCGCGGAUCAUCCAGUUGAUCCAGGCACUGGAAGAAGUCCAAGCUUUCCAUCAACUGGAGUCCAACAUUCAAGUGCGUCAGUUUAUCACCGAAACUCAACAGUUUCUGCAUAAAAUGAUCAAAAUGGCCAACACAAAAGAAGACAUCCUUGUUAACCUGGAAAUUGUGGGCGAUUUAUCGUACGCAUGGCAGUUGAUCGACAGUUACACGAAACAGAUGCAAGAUGGAAUCAAAGAGAAUCCCUCACUUGUUAUUAAACUGCGCGCGACGUUUUUGAAAAUGGCAUCAGCUAUGGAUUUACCGCUGCUGCGCAUCAAUCAGGCCAACAGUAAUGAUUUGGAGUCGGUGUCCCAGUAUUAUUCUGGCGAAUUAGUGGCCUAUGUCCGAAAAGUGUUGCAUAUCAUUCCCGAGACGCUGUUUAAUUUAUUGGCACAAAUUGUCAAUAUUCAAAUCAAUCGGUUGAAGGAGUUGCCGACGCGGUUGGACAAAGAUAAGCUGAAGGAUUUCGCGCAGCUGGAUGAGCGCUUUGAGGUCGCACGGCUGACUCAUGCAAUUUCUGUAUUCACUGAAGGGAUACUGCAGAUGAAAACUACCUUGGUGGGAAUAAUUAAGAUUGAUCCAAAACAGCUUCUGGAAGAUGGCAUCCGAAAAGAAUUGGUGCGAUUGGUAGCGCAAGCGCUGCACAACGACUGCAUUUUUGCACAGAAACAAAAGUCCAAUGAUUUUGUGCAACGCCUUGAUAUUCUGGGGGUAAAGAUGGAUGGUUUUCGUCGAUCAUUUGAAUAUAUUCAAGAUUAUGUGGAAUUGUACGGCCUGAAAAUCUGGCAGGAAGAAACAUCCAGAAUUAUCAAUUAUAACGUGGAGCAGGAAUGCAACACUUUCUUGCGCAAUAAGGUGCAAGACUGGGAAAGCAUCUACCAGUCCAAAACCAUACCGAUACCUAGAUUUCAGCCAGUGGACGUAUCAGUGACAUUUGUGGGACGGUUGGCUCGUGAAUUAAUCAGGAUCACUGAUCCAAAAGUCACUGUUUAUAUUGACCAAAUGACGGCGUGGUUUGAUGUGAAGACCCGACAGGAACUUGUGAAUAUCACAAUAUUCCGAAAGCUGCAGCAUGCCCUGGGUGUACCUGGGUUAGCUGGUUUGGAUCGCUUAUAUUCAUUCAUGAUCGUUCGUGAGCUACAGUCAUUGCAAAAGAUAUUGGAUGAUCUUUUGAAGGAGCGGACAUGGGUGGCGCAUUAUCAGGGCUUGUCGAAAAUGUUGGGAACUGGCCAGAAUACUAUACCCCAAGCUGUGAAAUUUUACGCCCAGGCAACAUCAAAAGGUGCUAAAAUUUGGCCUGCCAUGAUAGAGACAUUCCAGAAGAUUGGACAGCUCCAGCUUCUUCGUCGGCAGCUGGCGUACGAACUGCGCACUGUCAGCCGAUUUGACUCAAAGCAUCUCGUCAACGCAUUGGAAAUCGUUAACGAAGUUGUUCUGACUGAUUUCAAAACUCGACGUGUGGAUAGAAUGAAAGACAUUCCGAAAGAACAGAGUUUCUUGAUGUAUGAAUUGUCGCAGUAUCUCCAGUGGACCGGUUUGACAGAACCACUGAUGCAGGUGUACAUUGGCACGCGACGUGAUCCUUAUCUGGGCUUGGCAAUGUUCCUAACUUUACUGAGCACGAGCGGCAUGUUCAUCCCUGCCGGAAAUCUAGGUAAUACAUUGGUGCCUCGUCGGCGCUAUGAUCCGAUGGAUGGAACGCCGUUUUUGGUCGGCUUUAUCACCGUUAUGAAGCAGUUCCACGGAGAUUAUAUGCGGCAGGUCAUGCAGAUGCUGGGACAGUAUUUGCGAUCGGUGAUUGAGAACGCCAAGAAUAUGGGCAGCAGUGAUUUUGGUCCGGAUGCGGCGACACUGGUGGUAUCAGUUCAGUGGAUGCUGCUAUUAGGCGCUGUUGAUCAUGAGAUGGUGGAAUCGUACAUCUCUGGCUAUGUUGUUCGGAGCCUGCAGACCGUAUCUUAACACUGUGACAGUUCCAUGGUGAAAUUUUGGUGUCUGUGAUUUUAGACUUGAUUGUGAUAUACCUCUGAUAAUUUUACGAGUAUUUUUAUUGUAUCUUGUUUUCAUUGAAGUUCUGUUACAAAUCAUGGUUUUGAAAUUAUGCCGGAUUUUGUUGUUUACUUAGUGCUUCCUGCAUGUGCACAAAUGUUAUCUGACAAUGAAGUUGAUGCGAUUAACUACCCGGUAGGGCCUGCUGUUCUGGCAAGUGCGUUCAUUUGUGCCUCGCUGGAACCAAGCGAUUGAACGUGG